CGCCGGGAGGUGGACGCCGAGCAGGGCUCAUCUCAGGACUGCACGGACCCCAGCCCUCCGGGGCACGCGGCUGUCGCGCCUCAGGGCAGCGUUUGCGGUCAGGAUGCCCUGCGUGCCUCCCUGCUGGUGAGGAUGCCCUGCUGCGCCGCUCUGCAACCUGGCUCUGCAUCCCCAGCCCCCGUCCCUGGUGGGCACGAGUGCGUGGGCCUGGCCUCGGCAUCCCGUGCCGGUGGAUGAAAAGCGCCAAAGUCCUUGAGUGUGAUCCGCGAUUGAAUCUGGAUAAGAGCCAUGGACGAAGGCACUGGGCUGCAGCUCGGGGCCGGAGAGCAGCUGGAGGCACUGGCCACAGAAAGAGAAGUCCAAGAGAAGAGGGAGUCAGAGACGUUUAGGUCCAAGAGUUUACCGGUCUUGAACAGCGCCCCCUGCCGGCCGGACGUCAGUUCCGGGAGUGUAGACACCAAGCCGGCCUUCAGCUGUACAGAUUCUUUGGGCCACCAGGAGUUGAAGCAAGGCCACGGCCCGUUUUCCCCUAGCCCCUCUGUCCAGUCGACUUCGGUGGGGAUGGCGGGGUGCGUGGACUGUAACCACAAGGUGGACGUCAGCAAAGCCCUCUCGGUGUCCUCCACUCUGGCCACGCUACAGGGGAGAAGAUGUCUCUAUGUGGUCCUCACCGAUUCCCGUUGCUUCCUGGUUUGCAUGUGCGUCCUGACCUUCAUUCAGGCCUUAAUGGUCUCCGGGUACCUGAGCAGUGUCAUCACCACCAUUGAAAGGCGCUACAGUCUGAAGAGUUCUGAGUCGGGGCUGCUGGUCAGCUGCUUUGACAUCGGGAGCCUAGUGGUGGUGGUGUUCGUCAGCUACUUUGGCGGCCGGGGUCGGAGGCCCCUGUGGCUGGCUGUGGGUGGACUUUUUAUUGCCAUCGGGGCUGCCCUAUUCGCUUUACCUCACUUCAUCUCCCCCCCUUACCAGAUCCAAGAGUUGAACGCCUCGGCCUCCAAUGACGGCCUGUGUCAGAAUGGAAACUCCACAACAACUUUCGAGGCUCCCGCCUGCCUAAAGGACUCAGGAGGAAAUAAUCACUGGGUCUAUGUGGCUUUAUUCGUUUGCGCACAGAUUCUUAUUGGAAUGGGCUCCACACCCAUUUAUACCCUGGGACCAACCUACUUAGACGAUAACGUCAAGAAAGAAAACGCAUCCUUGUACCUAGCCAUCAUGUAUGUCAUGGGCGCACUUGGUCCUGCAGUGGGAUAUUUAUUAGGUGGACUUCUUAUUGGUUUUUAUGUUGACCCCAGAAAUCCUGUUUACCUUGACCAGAAUGACCCUCGUUUCAUUGGAAACUGGUGGAGUGGAUUCCUCCUUUGUGCCAUUGCAAUGUUUCUUGUGAUAUUCCCAAUGUUUACUUUUCCUAAAAAGCUUCCACCUCGGCACAAGAAAAAGAAAAAGAAGAAAUAUUCUGUUGAUGUUGCUAGUGAUGAGGACGUUAUGAAAGAGAAAUCAAACAAUAGUGAACAAGUGGACAAAAAAGUUUCUUCCAUGGGAUUUGGAAAGAAUGUCAGAGACCUUCCAAGAGCAGCUGUCAGGAUCUUAAGCAACAUGACAUUCCUUUUUGUGAGUUUGUCAUACACAGCUGAGAGUGCCAUUGUAACUGCUUUCAUUACCUUCAUUCCCAAGUUCAUCGAGUCACAGUUUGGUAUCCCCGCUUCCAAUGCCAGCAUCUACACUGGUGUUAUUAUUGUCCCCAGCGCUGGUGUUGGUAUUGUCCUGGGAGGCUACAUUAUAAAAAAACUGAAACUUGGUGCGAGAGAAUCUGCAAAGCUAGCAAUGAUCUGCAGUGGUGUGUCUUUACUGUGUUUCUCCACCCUAUUUAUUGUUGGAUGUGAAAGUAUUAAUCUAGGAGGCAUAAACAUCCCUUAUACAACAGGACCUUCUCUUACCAUGCCACAUAGGAAUCUGACAGGAAGCUGCAAUGUUAAUUGUGGCUGUAAAAUACAUGAAUAUGAGCCAGUCUGUGGAUCAGAUGGCAUUACGUACUUUAACCCUUGUCUGGCUGGCUGUGUUAAUAGUGGUAAUCUUAGCACCGGGAUACGGAAUUAUACAGAAUGCACCUGUGUCCAGAGCCGACAAGUGAUCACUCCACCCACAGUGGGACAGCGUGGUCAGCUCCGUGUGGUCAUUGUCAAGACCUAUCUCAAUGAGAAUGGCUACGCUGUAUCUGGGAAGUGUAAACGGACCUGUAAUACCCUUAUCCCGUUCUUAAUUUUUCUUUUCAUAGUCACCUUCAUCACAGCGUGUGCCCAACCAUCAGCCAUCAUAGUAACACUCAGGUCCGUAGAAGACGAUGAGAGACCUUUUGCACUGGGAAUGCAGUUUGUUUUGUUGAGAACACUUGCAUACAUUCCUACUCCGAUUUACUUUGGAGCAGUCAUUGACACCACCUGCAUGCUCUGGCAACAGGAAUGUGGCGUGCAAGGCUCCUGUUGGGAGUACAAUGUGACAUCGUUUCGUUUUGUCUAUUUUGGUUUGGCGGCUGGCCUCAAAUUUGUUGGCUUCAUUUUUAUUUUUCUGGCCUGGUACUCCAUUAAAUACAAGGAGGAGGAACAGCAGAGGCAGAGGUGGCGAGAAUUCCCUCUGAGCACUGUGAGUGAGAUGGUGGGCCACACCAACCAUGCUGCCAACUCUGCCCGGACUAGGUCUUGCCCUACUUUCAGCACCCAAGGAGAAUUCCACGAAGAGCCUGGUCUGCAAAAAGGGAUCCAGGCCACGGCACAGACCUAUCCUGGGCCCUUCCCUGAAGCAAUAAGUUCCUCUGCCUACUCGGGGCUGGAAGAAAGUCCGACUGCCAUCUAGCCUCUCUCUCCUGAAGCUUGAAGAUGGAAGACUCUACUUUUGUUGGUUGAGUUGAAUAUGGCGACUUGAGAAACACCCGUGCCUUCUCUCCUUUCUUUUUUUAACCUCUAAAGAUACAAUCCUCAAACCAACAAAACUCAGUAUAAACAGCCACUAUUGAUUGAGGGCUGGAUACCUCAACAAACUGAGAGCCCUUUCCCCCCUUCUCUCCCAGAAGGAGGAGUUUCGAUAGAUUCGUUACCAUUUCCGCUCUGUUAAUUUAACGCCCAUGCUCCAGUGUGGUGUAAGGCUGAGGUACAUGGUUAACAAAAUCAUGGGGAGGGUGGUGGCAGUGCCGGUCAUUAACAUACACUUCAAACACAGGUGAGCUUGACCAUGACUUUGCUUUUACAAAUCAAAGUUUUUAGAUGUGAACACCUACUGAGUUUCUGCUACAAAGCACAAAUGAAUUUGCCUCAACUAUGCAAUUUGAUUGGAAAAAACAUAAGUGCAGCAUGUUCCUUUUGCUUUCAGAGACUAAAGCUGGUAAGUUUUUAAAAAGAGGAAACUAAACUUUUCCUAAAGCACUGUUAAUAGCAUUUUAAGCCAUAGCAGAGUUAUAAAUCAGGUAGAAUUUUUCAUAUGCUUCCAAGGAACCAUAUGCAUAGCUCGAUAAAAGGAACUUUUUCAUUUCAUAAGACACGUUCUUCUAGUCUGUCUGCCCCAUCCUAAGGUGGUUGUCAAAGAGUCUGCUGAAUCAUGUACCUUGAAAAUACACUCCAGUGUUCUUUAGUGAGGGGCUUUAGAUCUAGUAUGCUAAAUGGUAUGGUUAGAAACUGUAAUCGGAGAUGCAUGGCAUGGGAAGAAACUGAUGACUUUCUCAUUCAAGGAAAUUGCUGCAGAAAUUCCUUUAGCUCUUAUGGGCCUACCCGAACGUGGUUCAGGUUGCAAACUUGACAAUCAAACGUAGUUGCAAAAAGAAAUUCCAGAAAACUAAGGUUGAGUCCCACCUGAUGGUUUUAAUCAUACACUUGGAAGCAGUGACAACUCUUUGUUUUGUUCUUUUUUUUUUUUUCUGUAUAGAAAAUUGUCGUGGUUUCCCCUGCAAUAGAGGAAUUAUAUCAGAAAACUGUACCUGGGAUCUGAAAAUUGCUUUGAAUACAGGAGGAAUGAGAUUGUGAGCUAGACCUAGACUAUGAUCCUAAGUAAUGAUUAGAAAUUAUUUAAAAUAAACCAUUCUAACAAACGGAUCCCUAGUUUAUCAGAGUUAGAAUCAUUUCACUCCACCUUUGAUUCUUUUCUAAUGUGACAUUCCUGAAGCGCUUCGGAGAGAAGAUUUUUCUCUUCCUAAGUGCACUUUGGGCUCAUUAUUCAUCUUUCUUUUCAGUACCUUGCAGCUCUUUACUUCAGCUCAGGCACCACACGCAUGCUUUCUGUGUGGAUCUUAAGAUAGACGCCUCCUAACACCACUAUGGAUGAUAUCAAGUUAGCUCAUGGGAUCUGGCUGCUUAGAAAAAGAAUCAUGACAACUCAGAUUUGGUGAGGGGGACUGUAGGGCCCAAACGCCAAUAUAACUGUGCCAAGGAUCCCAUGUUUAGGUAAGGCUAGUCUGGGAAAACGACCGUGAAGAUGGUGCAGGACCGGGCAGCGUUUUGUUCUGUUAUACAUGGGGCCACCAUGAGUCAGAGCCAACUGGAGGGCAACUAACAACAACAAUUUGGGCAUUGGCCCCAUUGGCUGGUAUAUAUUCUUCCCUAGAUGGGAUGAGAGUCCCUGGGUGGUGAAAUGAUCUAUGGGGUCAGCUGCUAAACAAAAGGUUGGAGGUUAGAGUCCAUCUAGAGGUGCCUCGGAAGAAAGGCCUGGUAAUAUAAAAAAAAUUUUUUUUUUUUUAUACUUCUAAAAAAUCAGUCAUUGAAAACCCUGUGAAGCACAGUUCUACUCUGACACAGAUGGGGUCGUCAGGAGUCAGAGUUGACUCAACGGCAACUGGUUUUGUUUUGGUUUCCAGAUGGGAUGUUAUUGACAGACUGAUGAUCCAGGCUUUCUCUCUCCAGCCUGGGCUGCACUAGUGGAAUCAUGUGACUAUUCCUGGGCCCAGGGUUUUCCUCUCAACCUAGGAAUGGCACUGGUCAAAUGGUUCUCUUGGUCGAGUGCAGUUUGUGGAGAUGGUUAUCACUCUUAGACUGAAUGGUGUGUCCAAGAGGUGGAGUCUCAGAUGACAAGGCUUCCCUUUGACCCUUGGGCCUGGCUCUCGAGAAGGCGAGCGGUCUGGCUCGGUUAAAUCAUAGAAACCACUGGUGCUUAUAACUGCGCUUGUGUCUGUCAAGCUCCAGUCAACGUGGUGUACGCUGAGGGCCAUUAACUUAGUGUCUUCUCUGGGGCCUCAGGCUUCCUCUCGACCCUCUAUGGUAGAUCUAUGGCUCCUUCAAAAGAGAAGAUUUCUUCCUGUUGACGAGGGGUGGUGGUAAUUUUUCUCUGGUCAUAAUGAAACUGCAUUGAGAGAAUUUUUGUGGGAAUGGCACUUUUUUUUUUUUUU